AUGGCCUCUACGCCUGAGAGACGUAUUCGAAUUCCUGUCAGUCGAAAGCCAGCCCUUCGGCGCACCCCGGCAGGUGCAGACAUCCAUGCACUCACUUCACAGCUGAGCCUUGAUGAUCCGUCGAAAGACUCCCCUCCGGCCACUCCUGGCCUAGAGUGGGCCGAGACACCGCAAGCGAUCGACGACCCUCCAACCCCAGAAAACGACCUCGAUCCUGACGAGGUUAUACGUUUGCCUUAUUCUCCUCUUGCAGCUCGCAAGACCGCCCUCGAGCAGCAUGUUAUUCCCCUGCUCGAGGCAGACGCACCGGAGGAACUACCGUCACAUCUAUCCAGUGAGGCCGGUCAAAGCAAACGUCUUUUUCAGAAUGAACUCUCCAAGUCGACUUGGACCGUCCCCUCUCAACUGCAUCCACCUUCCUCUACUGAUACUACGCCUUCACCUCCUCUUUCCCUUGUGAAGACCGAAGCAGCGAAAGUACCAUCGUUUGGAAUCGUGCUAAAACCUUUCUAUGUCGGUCCUAGUGGAAAUGAAAACCGCAAUGAUACCAUUAGGGAAUAUUCUACUUCGGGUGGCUUGCAUACCGUUGCGUUUAGCAUCAAGCGCGAAGAUCUUUCGGUUCAAUCUCAACAUGUUGUUGCCACUGAACAUCAGACGGACACCGUCACAACGACACCAGCCACUGAACCUUCUCCGCGGCUUGGAAUGAAAAAACCUUUAUCACUUUCUUUGGCGUGGUCACUGAGCACGAAGCUAUCCACCAUCCUACCCUUGGAAGCAAUUGAAAGAUUUGAUGACAGUCCUUCGACAUGCAUCGCAACGACGAAGGAGGGCAACAGAUGCAAAAAUUCAGUCGCGCGGACAGCGAAUAAAUCUUUUCUCGCAGAGUUGUCCAAGGCUCUCUCGUCAUUCGCGUGCUCACUCGAUUUUGAAGCCUUUGCAGAGCAUAUGAAGCCACUGAUUGAAAGUAUAACAUGUACACGUUGGCAUAGAGAAGCUGUUCGCAGGUGUUUGGAAGAACUAUGCUCUUACUCAUGGCGACCACUCAUGACAGCUCCUACAACCUCGCACCAAGCCAAUGCUAUUGCCAACAGUAUUGCGAGUACGUUCAAGCUCUGGAUAUCAGCUUUGACGAGUAUUCCAACAACAGACGAAGGAACAGUCGUACCAAUAAAAGGAGACGCGGACAAUGUGCAAGGCUCACUCUACUCAGAUACUGCCUCCGCUGCGGCGACGGCGGCAACCGAAGGGAGUCUUACACACUUUCAUUAUGCCAGUACGAAAGCGCCUACAGAAUCAGGCGAGAUUGAUCUUCGUGCAACCAAUAAGAGCACCACUAUAACGCCAAAAAGUACAGCAAUGGAACAGCAAGUGACCGGUAGGAAGCCAGUCCGUUUAUCCACUCACCUGAACCACGACUUUGUAGAAUUUCCUUACUCGAAGGCAAAAAGAAACGUUACGCCCCAAGACUUGAUUCGCCAGAUUCUCUUGGAAAAACUGACACCCGCUGACAUGAAACGUGCUGGAUUUAUAUACAUCUUUUGGCAUCCCGGCAGCAUGGGCUACGUGAAGAUCGGUUACGCUACCAACGUGGAAAAGAGACUUCAAGCUUGGCGAAAUCAGUGCAAAUUCAGCCUCGAGCAGCACAAGAGUCCGGAAUCAAUGGCCUCGAAACGAGUCCGCCAUUUACACCGAGUCGAGUCGCUGAUUCACGCCGAAUUGAAAGACUACCGGAGAUUAGAGCCAUCGUGCAGGGGAUGUGGAAGACGCCAUAUAGAGUGGUUCGAGGUCGAUCCGAGCUACGCUUUGAAGGUAGUGGCGAAAUGGACCAGUAGAACCCUCUACUCUGGGAGACAUUUGGAUCCGAGUAUCAACGACGAGGAGAUCGACCAGCUUUGCGAACUGACCAGAGCUGACACCUACCUGCCACGGCCACGGCCUAAAAAGGUGAAAGGAAGCUCUCGCCGAAGCACUAGAGGCCGCCAACGUGGUGUGAAGUGA